AUGCUGGGACCUCCGCGGCGACUGGCUUGUGGCUGCGCCGCGGACCCGUUCUGUCGCUUACGUAAAAAGCGCCGAAGUGGCGCGGGCGCGGGCGAGGGCGUCGCGGUGGCCUUGGCGUAUAGCGUUGAACCGCCCGCUGGUGACACGCCGGCGCCUGCGAGCGCGGGUGGGGGCGGGGGCGGGGGCGCGGGCGGCGAGGUUUCCCAACCCGCGGACCGGCCCUGCUGCUUCGAGUCCCGAACGGGCGGCUGGUUUCUCGGUAGUUUGGUGUCGGCCUUAUGGCACAGCUUUGUGGAUUCACGUUGGUAUCCAAAGUUCUUCAACGCAGUGUUGGUGCUGUUGGGGCAUAUUGCAAGUCAUAGGUGA